GGAAAAUUAAGUGCUUUUAAGCCCCCCAAAUUCUCUUCCUUUCAAUCUUCUUCUCACUUUGUUUCCCCAUUGUAACAGUGCCUAAGUUUAACUCAGAUUUUGGUAUUAAAAUCAGGAAAGUGAAGAAAAAAAUUAAUAUCGAAUGGAUGAAGAAAUGUCAAAUUCAGCACGGCGACUGUCUCUACGAACACGUAAAAUUGCUCCAAAAAUGGCUGCUGCUCUAGCCAGUUCUGAUAAUAGAACUCAGGCUAUGCUGGCACGGCUUGAUGCUUUGGAAAGUGAUAAUGCAGUAGCGGAACCACAACUACUUGAUGAUGAUGAUGAAGCUUCUCUUGACGAUGAGGAUCAAGUGUCCCAUAAGAAGUACCCAAAAGGCACAAAACGGAAAACACGCCAAGCUAAAGCACUUGAAAAUAAGAGAGCCCCCAAAUCAUUCCUUGAGCUCGUGAAUGAGGCAAACCUGGAGUCCUUGCCACCACAUGUGCCAACCUAUUUAAGAGCAGCAGUGGGACCACCAAGUUCCACCUCUCGUCGUCAUUUCUGCACGGUUUGUGGUUUCUCCUCAACCUAUACAUGUGUGCAGUGUGGGAUGCGCUUCUGCUCAAUCAAAUGCAAGACUAUUCACACUGAAACUCGGUGCUUGAAAUUUGUUGCUUGAUUGGAAAGAGGUGAUGUUUUGUUCAGCUUUUAAUAGGUGAUGUCUCUGCCGAGAUCUACAAAUGUUUGAAUGGAGAUAGAAUCUUAAGUGACUCGUCGAAAGAAGAAAAAGGAGAAAGAUGUCAUCUUAAGUGCAAUUUGGCCAUUCUUUUCAGCUUUUGAUAUGCGUGCAUCUACAAAUAUCAAGAAUUAUUUGAAAAUUACUUUCACAGUUAGUAGGCAAGCAAAGUAACCAGAAAUUUGCAUGUUGGCUUGGGGCAAUAAAAGCUUCUAGAUAUGUGGGUAGUCUAUCUAUGCAGAGUUUGCCACUUCUCAAUCAAGCUUGCCAAAGAGCUCUCUUUGCUUUGAGUUUUUGCAUACUUCAUAAUUUUGUUUUUCUGUUCUUAAAACAGGCCUUUACUUACCUUUUGACGGUGUGUUAAUUUGCCUUCCCCUAUAUGCUUUCGC